AUGGAAGGAGGCGGCAAGCCCAACUCCUCGUCCAACAGCCGGGACGAUGGCAACAGCGUCUUCCCCGCCAAGGCGCCCGCGACGGGCGCGGGGCCGGCAGCGGCCGAGAAGCGCCUGGGCACUCCGCCGGGGGGCGGCGGGGCCGGCGCCAAGGAGCACGGCAACUCCGUGUGCUUCAAGGUGGACGGCGGCGGCGGCGGCGGCGAGGAGCCGGCCGGGGGCUGCGAGGAUGCCGAGGGGCCCCGGCGGCAGUACGGCUUCAUGCAGAGGCAGUUCACCUCCAUGCUGCAGCCUGGGGUCAACAAAUUCUCCCUCCGCAUGUUCGGGAGCCAGAAGGCGGUGGAGAAGGAGCAGGAAAGGGUUAAAACUGCAGGCUUCUGGAUUAUCCACCCUUACAGCGAUUUCAGGUUUUAUUGGGAUUUAAUAAUGCUUAUAAUGAUGGUCGGAAAUCUGGUCAUCAUACCAGUUGGAAUCACAUUCUUUACAGAACAAACAACAACGCCAUGGAUUAUUUUCAAUGUGGCAUCAGAUACAGUUUUCCUUUUGGACCUGAUCAUGAAUUUUAGGACUGGAACUGUCAAUGAAGACAGUUCUGAAAUCAUCCUGGACCCUAAAGUGAUCAAGAUGAAUUAUUUAAAAAGCUGGUUUGUGGUUGACUUCAUCUCAUCAAUCCCAGUGGAUUAUAUCUUUCUCAUUGUAGAAAAAGGAAUGGAUUCAGAAGUUUACAAGACAGCCAGGGCACUUCGCAUUGUGAGGUUUACAAAAAUUCUCAGUCUCUUGCGUUUGUUACGACUUUCAAGGUUAAUUAGAUACAUACAUCAGUGGGAAGAGAUUUUCCACAUGACGUAUGACCUUGCCAGUGCGGUAGUGAGAAUUUUUAACCUCAUCGGCAUGAUGCUCCUCCUAUGUCACUGGGAUGGCUGUCUUCAGUUCUUAGUGCCGCUCCUGCAGGAUUUCCCACCAGAUUGCUGGGUGUCUCUAAAUGAAAUGGUUAAUGAUUCUUGGGGAAAGCAGUAUUCAUAUGCGCUCUUCAAAGCCAUGAGUCACAUGCUGUGUAUUGGGUAUGGAGCCCAGGCCCCAGUCAGCAUGUCCGACCUCUGGAUCACCAUGCUGAGCAUGAUCGUCGGGGCCACCUGUUACGCCAUGUUUGUGGGCCAUGCCACAGCUCUAAUCCAGUCUUUGGAUUCCUCAAGGCGGCAAUAUCAAGAGAAGUAUAAGCAAGUAGAACAAUACAUGUCAUUCCAUAAGUUACCAGCUGAUAUGCGUCAGAAGAUCCAUGAUUACUAUGAACACAGAUACCAAGGCAAAAUCUUUGAUGAGGAAAAUAUUCUCAAUGAACUCAAUGAUCCUCUGAGAGAGGAGAUAGUCAACUUCAACUGUCGGAAACUAGUGGCUACGAUGCCUCUUUUUGCUAACGCGGAUCCUAAUUUUGUGACUGCCAUGCUGAGCAAGUUGAGAUUUGAGGUGUUUCAACCUGGAGAUUAUAUCAUACGAGAAGGAGCUGUGGGUAAAAAAAUGUAUUUCAUUCAACAUGGUGUUGCUGGUGUCAUCACAAAAUCCAGUAAAGAAAUGAAGCUGACAGAUGGCUCUUACUUUGGAGAGAUUUGCCUGCUGACGAAGGGACGUCGCACUGCCAGUGUUCGAGCUGAUACAUAUUGUCGUCUUUAUUCAUUGUCUGUGGACAAUUUCAAUGAGGUCCUGGAGGAAUAUCCAAUGAUGAGAAGAGCCUUUGAGACAGUUGCCAUUGACCGACUGGAUCGCAUAGGAAAGAAAAAUUCAAUUCUUCUGCAAAAGUUCCAGAAGGAUCUAAACACUGGUGUUUUCAACAAUCAGGAGAACGAGAUCCUGAAGCAGAUUGUGAAACACGACCGGGAGAUGGUACAGGCAAUCGCUCCCAUCAAUUAUCCUCAAAUGACAGCCCUGAAUUCUACAUCUUCAACUACUACCCCGACCUCUCGCAUGAGGACACAAUCUCCGCCGGUGUACUCAGCGACCAGUCUGUCUCAUAGCAACCUGCAUUCCCCCAGUCCCAGCACACAGACCCCCCAGUCCUCAGCCAUCCUCUCACCUUGCUCCUACACCACUGUGGUCUGCAGCCCUCCUGUACAGAGCCCACUGGCCACUCGAACUUUCCACUAUGCCUCCCCCACUGCUUCCCAGUUGUCACUCAUGCAGCAACAGCAACAGUUACAGCAGUCCCAGCCACCGCAGCCCCAGCAGCAGCCCCAACAGCCACAGACACCCAGCAGCUCCACACCGAAAAAUGACGUGCACAAGAGCACUCAGGCGCUUCACAACACCAGCCUGACCCGAGACGUCAGGCCCCUCUCUGCCUCGCAACCCUCGCUACCCCAUGAGGUUUCCACCCUGAUAUCCAGACCUCAUCCCACUGUGGGUGAGUCCCUGGCCUCCAUCCCUCAGCCUGUGACAGCUGUCCACGGCACGGGCCUUCAGGCCGGGGGCAGGGGCACUGUGCCCCAGCGAGUCACCCUGUUCCGACAGAUGUCUUCAGGAGCCAUUCCCCCAAACCGAGGAGUCCCUCCAGCACCCCCUCCACCAGCAGCUGCUCUUCCGAGAGAGUCUUCCUCAGUCUUAAGUACAGACCCAGAUGCAGAAAAGCCACGAUUUGCUUCAAAUUUAUGA